CGCUUCACUUCUUCUGAGCUGGCGGCCGUCUGGCAGCUGCUGUGCAGAAUAAAGAAGACUUGUUUUACUGUCGGGCGUGUGGCGUGACGUCUCACCAUGGCUUGACCAUCUUUGCGCCGACGGACCGCUUGCUUCAAGCUGCAGCGAGAAGAAUCCUAAAAGGCGAGAUGUUCCGAGCUCCCUGCAGCGGCACACGAACAACACCGCCGAUACCGGUCCGGGGACACCGCGAUGCUGUUCAAACGGAGAGCCAGGAUGUUGCGAUGGCUGGUGUGUGGUCGUGUGGGUCCCGUGUGGAUGUGGAAAGCGUUGCUCGUCUUCGUUGCCGUUGCUUUCGCUGGCCAACUGCUGGGAAUCAUCUUCAGCAAGAGCAGCGUCCAGCCGGUCGCCCGCUCCAUCUUCUCGUCCCCUGAUGCCCAGGGUCCUUCCCUGGGCUCCUGUGGUGCCCACACUCACAUCAUGUUCCUGAAGACUCACAAGACGGCCAGCAGCACCGUGCUCAACCUGCUCUAUCGCUUUGGGGAGGAGCGCCGCCUCCGCUUCGCUCUGCCGCUAGGCUACCAGCUCGGUUACCCCCUGCCCUUCAACGCUCACAGGGUCAAAGGUUACAGAUGGCCCGGCGCCGUGGAGUUCCACAUCAUGGCCAAUCACAUGAGGUUUAAUAAACCGGAGGUGGAAAAGGUCAUGCCUGCAGAUACCUUCUACUUCUCCAUCAUUCGGGAUCCCGUCGCCAUGGCGGAAUCAUCCUUCGCUUACUACAAAGAAGUCGCUCCUGCAUUCCGGAAAGCCAAAACCUUGGGCGAUUUUGCUGACGAUCCUUGGAAAUACUAUGACCCGCGUGCUCGGAACAACCACUACGCCCGCAACUUGCUGUGGUUCGACUUCGGGAUGGAUCACAACGCAAAUUUUUCUGUUAGCUUGGCACGUCGCGGCGAGGCAUUAAUCCGCCACAACUUCAAGCUCGUCCUGAUGUCGGAAUUUUUUGACCAGUCCAUGAUCCUCCUCAGACACGCCCUCUGCUGGCCACUGGACGCCGUCGUCUCAUUUAGCCUUAACGCUAGGCAGCAGAAGCCUGGUGUCGGCGUCGGGAUUAGUGAAACCUGGGUGGGGAAAAUCAGAGGCACUGGCGGACAAGGCGGUGGUCGUGGACGUUCCCAAAGCAAUCCAGUUCUAACGGAGGAUCAGCGAGUCAAGCUUCGGCAAUGGAAUGCCUUAGACUGGUUUUUAUAUGACGCCUUUAACCGAACCUUCUGGGAAGACGUGGACAAGUUUGGUAAGUCACGCAUGGAGCAGGAAGUGGGUCUCCUCCAGAUGCGGCGAGAAGCGCUCGCACGAGUUUGCCUCAGGGACGGAGGUAAGCCCGUGGAGGCUCACCGCAUCCGGGAUAAAACAAUACGACCGUUCCAGAGUGGAUUAGUGAAAAUUCUGGGCUACGAGCUGCAACCGGGUCUGAACAACGCCACAAGGACGGCGUGUCUGAGGAUGAUCCGACCCGAGAUCCAGUACAAGGACGUGCUGGACGCCCUACAGUUCCCGCGAACUCAAGGACAGCAAGCUCCGGGAGUUGUAAUGAAACCAGACUCCUCCAGGUUGUCUGGGGGGAGAACAAUAGGUGAUGAGGUGGCUCGGGACUGGGACAGGAGUCGAUUAACAGACCACCAAAACCAGACGGAUUCUGGACCAGUGAAGACUAAAAGACGAAAGUUUGAACCGGUUUGAGCCAAAACAAAACCCUAUUUUGCACUACCACAUUGUAAUUGUUCACCUAGCAUCAUUCUUGUCCUUUUGGGAUGCUAACAAGACGGGAUGUCAGUAAUAAUACUGAACAUUAUUAUUGUUAUUGCACACUACUGGUAUUAUUUGACUUCCUAAGCCUUUACAUCAAGCCCCGUUUCCAUAUGAGUUGGGAAAUUGUGUUAGAUGUAAAUAUAAACGGAAUACAAUGAUUUGCAAAUCAUUUUCAACCCAUAUUCAGUUGAAUAUGCUACAAAGACAACAUAUUUGAUGUUCAAACUGAUAAACCUUUUUUUUUUUUUUUGCAAAUAUUCAUUAACUUUAGAAUUUGAUGCCAGCAACACGUGACAAAGAAGUUGGGAAAGGUGGCAAUAAAUACUGAUAAAGUUGAGGAAUGCUCAUCAAACACUUUUUUGGAACAUCCCACAGGUGAACAGGCAAAUUGGGAACAGGUGGGUGCCAUGAUUGGGUAUAAAAGUAGAUUCCAUGAAAUGCUCAGUCAUUCACAAACAAGGAUGGGGCGAGGGUCACCACUUUGUCAACAAAUGCGUGAGCAAAUUGUUGAACAGUUUAAGAAAAACCUCUCUCAACCAGCUAUUGCAAGGAAUUUAAGGAUUUCACCAUCUACGGUUUGUAAUAUCAUCAAAGGGUUCAGAGAAUCUGGAGAAAUCACUGCACGUAAGCAGCUAAGCCCGUGACCUUCGAUCCCUCACAGGCUGUACUGCAUCAACAAGCGACAUCAGUGUGUAAAGGAUAUCACCACAUGGGCUCAGGAACACUUCAGAAACCCACUGUCAGUAACUACAGUUGGUCGCUACAUCUGUAAGUGCAAGUUAAAACUCUCCUAUGCAAGGCGAAAACCGUUUAUCAACAACACCCAGAAACACCGUCGGCUUUGCUGGGCCUGAGCUCAUCUAAGAUGGACUGAUACAAAGUGGAAAAGUGUUCUGUGGUCUGACGAGUCCACAUUUCAAAUUGUUUUUGGAAACUGUGGACGUCGUGUCCUCCGGACCAAAGAGGAAAAUAACCAUCCGGAUUGUUAUAGGCGCAAAGUUGAAAAGCCAGCAUCUGUGAUGGUAUGGGGGUGUAUUAGUGCCGAAGACAUGGGUAACUUACACAUCUAUGAAGGCGCCAUUAAUGCUGAAAGGUACAUACAGGUUUUGGAGCAACAUAUGUUGCCAUUCAAGCAACGUUACCAUGGACGCCCCUGCUUAUUUCAGCAAGACAAUGCCAAGCCACGUGUUACAUCAACGUGGCUUCAUAGAAAAAGAGUGCGGGUAAUAGACUGGCCUGCCUGUAGUCCAGACAUGUCUCCCAUUGAAAAUGUGUGGCGCAUUAUGAAGCUUAAAAUACCACAACGGAGACCCCCGGACUGUUGAACAACUUAAGCUGUACAUCAAGCAAGAAUGGGAAAGAAUUCCACCUGAGAAGCUUAAAAAAUGUGUCUCCUCAGUUCCCAAACGUUUACUGAGUGUUAAAAGGAAAGGCCAUGUAACACAGUGGUGAACAUGCCCUUUCCCAACUACUUUGGCACGUGUUGCAGCCAUGAAAUUCUAAGUUAAUUAUUAUUUAAAAAAAAUAAAAAUAAAGUAUGAGUUUGAACAUCAAAUAUGUUGUCUUUGUAGUGCAUUCAAUUGAAUAUGGGUUGAAAAGGAUUUGCAAAUCAUUGUAUUCCGUUUAUAUUUACAUCUAACACAAUUUCCCAACUCAUAUGGAAACGGGGUUUGUACAUUAUUACAGCAGAGCCUCCACAAAGUCACACAAUUACGAAAUUAGUGCUUGCGGUAUUCGGAGAAAAAAGUUGUAAUAUAACAAAAAAGUCAAAGUAUCAUGAGAAAAAAGUCGUAAUGUUAUGAGAAAAAGUGAAACUGUUGUGAAACUCGUAAUAUUUCGAGACGUAAAGUCAUAACCUUACGGAAAUAAAGUCAAAGUAUCACAACACACGGUUGCAAAGUUAUGAGAUUAUAUCAGAAUGUCAAGAAAAUUAAAAGUGUCAACAUCGCAAGAAUUAAGUCUUAAUGUUACAAACAUCUUUCAAACAUUCAAAACAUUUUCAGGACUUAUGCAGAUCCCAAAUACAGAUCAGCAGGUACCAGAAGGUAAGAAAAGUUGCUUUUGCAUAAUAUUGCGAAACAAAACGCCAGGUAAUAUGUCUUACCUUAUACACACACCAUAAUAAUACUCGUAUGUUUAAUGCGACGACAAUCCAUCAAGCGGUGCGGUUUCAUAGCUUACCAAAGUCGUACUAAAACAUUUUGGUAGAGUUUUGCGUGCCGUGUGUAAUGUUGUAUUAUUGUAUUGUAUUAUAACAUAUACAAUUUUGGGGUUGUUUACUUGAGUCAUAUUGCAGUCUACAUGUGUGACUGCCAUCUACUGGUCACACUUACCAUUACACCAUGUACCAAAAAAAAUUGCUUCGAGGUCGGUAAGCAAAGCCAGAAUUAUUCCGUACAUUAGGUAUAAGGCGCACUUUGAGAAGAAGAAAAAAGAAUUUUAAGUGCACCUUAUAGGCCGGAAAAUACGGUACAUGUUCAGUUACACCUCUAAGAUACCAUUGUUUGUCAUUAUAAAUACAUAUAAGACUGUAAAAAGCAAAUGGUAAUGUGAGAAUAAAGUUAAAAAAUAAAAUAAAAUGAGAAAAAAAUAUAUUAUGUUAUAGACAUAAUCUACGAAAAAGUCAUAAGAUGACAACAUGGGGUAAAAUAUUUUUUUAUUAUUAUAUUAUUAGAAUGUAUUAUUUAUUAUUAUUAUUAUAAAAGUUCGUAAAAUAAAGUGAUGUUGUUACCAUAACAAUAUUAUAACCACCAUCUCAAGUAGUCGUGUUAUCCGAAUAAAGUCAGUAUUACAAAAAUUGCAAUCUGUAAAAUGAGAUUUAAUUGUAAACUUUUUCUCGUUACAUUACGACUUUAUACUCACUAUAACAUGUUGAGCAUGUAAAAUAAUGGCGUUUGUGGUUUUUUUUUAGAAUCAAUGUUAUUGUUUCAGUGGGCCCUGAAAUAUAUAUAUUUUUUUAUAUUUUUCAUUUAUUGUAUACGGCACGACAGAACAGUUGCACUGGAAAGGAAAUGUGUGAUGACGGCCAUAGAACCAAGAUUACCGACAUCAUAGGUUCUGUUGUAAUAGUGUGGUGAUCAUGGUACUUUUUACAUCAUUUUCAACAGUUUAUUUAUCGCAGAAGGUACGCUUUGUAUUUGUUUUUGAAAGUGCCUGUUGUGUUUUUGUAUUUUUUAUGAAAAUCUUAACUAACUCGUACGAAUGCAAUGUAUUUAUUUGUUGCAAUUGCAAUGAUGUUAAAUUAUUACAAUACAUAUUCCUGUUUGAGGAUUUGCUGCAUUUUUACUACGCUAAGCCAGUAAAUUAUAGAUGCUGUACAUAAUAGUAAUACAAAAACCAAAACCAGUGAAGUUGGCACGUUGUGUAAAUUGUAAAUAAAAACAAAAUACAAUGAUUUGCAAAUCCUUUUCAACUUAUAUUCAAUUGAAUAGACUGCAAAGACAACAUAUUUAAUGUUCGAAAUGAGAAACAUCAUUUUUUUUUGCAUCAGUCCAUCUUGGAUGAGCUCGGAAGCCGGCGGCGUUUCUGGGUGUUGUUGAUAAAUGGCUUUGGCUUUGCAUAGUAGAGUUUUAACUUGCACUUACAGAAUGUAGCGACCGACUGUAGUUACUGACAGUGGUUUUCUGAAGUGUUCCUGAGCCCAUGUGGUGAUAUCCUUUACACACCGAUGUCGCUUUUUGAUGCAGUACCGCCUGAGGGAUCGAAGAUCACGGGCGUUCGAUGUUACGUGCAGUGAUUUCUCCAGAUUCUCUGAACCUUUUGAUGAUAUUACGGACCGUAGGUGGUGAAAUCCCUAAAUUCCUUGCAAUAGCUUGUUGAGAAAUGUUGUUCUUAAACAAUUUGCUCACGCAUUUGUUCACAAAGUGGUGACCCUCGCCCCAUCCUUGUUUGUGAAUGACUGAGCAUUUCAUGGAAUCUACUUUUAUACCCAAUCAUGUUCCCUAUUAGCCUGUUCCCCCUGUGGGAUGUUCCAAACAAUCGUUUGAUGAGCAUUCCUCAACUUUCUCAGUCUUUUAUGCCACUUAUGCCAGCUUUUUUGAAACAUGUUGCAGGCGUCAAAUUCCAAUUGAGCUAAUAGUUGCAAAAAAUAACAACGUUUUCCAGUUCCAACGUUGAAUAUCUUGUCUUUGCGGUCUAUUCAAUUGAAUAUUGUCACGACUGGGACUGAGGCGUGGUUUGUUCUCCCGAGGUGCAAAAGAUUUGGACCAUACGUGGCGUGAAGGGGAGUACAUGAUUUAUUUAAACGCUAUAACUACAAAAAAAAGGAUCAAACAAAAGGUGCGCACAGGGGCGGAAGUACAAAACUUGCACAAAGGCAGAAACUAUGAACAAUUAAACAAAACUUGCAAACUAUGGCAUGAAUAAAGAAAACUUACUUGGACGAGAAAUCGGCAUGAAAAAAGAGCAGCAAGGGUCAUAAGGGUGUGUGGAGAGUGUGCAGAAGCAUAAAUGCGGGAUGUCACCAGAAAGACAAACUGAAAACAAUGAACUUAAAUACUACAGACAUGAUUAACGAAAACAGGUGCGUGACUCAAAACGUGAAACAGGUGCGUGACGUGACAGGUGAAAACUAUUGGGUUGCUAUGGUGACAAACAAGAGUGCACAAUGAGUCCAAACGUGGAACAGGUGAAACUAAUGGGUAAUCAUGGAAACAAGACAAGGGAGUGAAAAGCCAGAAACUAAAGAGUCCAAUAACUAAACUAAACAUGACUAAAACAAAACAUGAUUACACAGACAUGACAAAUAUAAGUUGAAAAGGAUUUGCAAAUCAUUGCAUUCUGUUUUUAUUUACCAUUUACACAACGUGCCAACUUUUUGGGGUUUGUAGAUGAUGAAAUGUACUGCAAACAGUAUACGACCUAACCAUGUGUGCAAGAUGGCAGCGUGUGGCUACGGAAGCACCAGGUUUUGGAGUCUUUCUAUGGUACGAUCCGGCCUCAAAUCUUCUUUAGUAGAGUGAAAACAGGCAGGCGGUGUGGAUGAUGUAGUUACUGAAGGCUCCACCGUGACUUCCAUUCCAACUCUUCUGUCGACCGUCUUUCAUUACCAUGAAGUGAGUGAGAGUGAAUCCCUAUGCACUUUUGAUAUGAAGUACUUCCACCUGGAUUACAGUUAAGCUGAAUUACAAAUGAAGAAUAGUCAAUUUAUUGCAAAUAUUGAUCCAAAAUUGAAGGGAAAUGCCAAUGUCAAGCUCGCAGAAGGGUUUGGAAGAGGUAUGUCAAACGCCACCCGUCACAAAUACCAAUUUAUUAUGAUAUACAGUACAGGCCAAAAGUUUGGACACACCUUCUCCUCAUUCAAUGCGUUUUCUUUAUUUUCAUGACUAUUGCAGAAUGUCACUGAAGGCAUCUAAACUAUAAACUGAAAUAACUGAAAACAUGUUUUAUAUUCUAGUUUCUUCAAAAUAGCCACCCUUUGCUCUGAUUGGUGCUUUGCACACUCUUCUCGAGGAGCUUCAAGCACACCUGUGAAUUGACAACCAUUUCAGGUUCACCUCUUUAAGUUCAUCGAGAGAAUGCCAAGAGUGUGCGAGCAAAGGGUGGCUAUUAUGAAGAAAUCUAUUUUGACAAUGUAAAUAGUCAUGAAAAUAAAGAAUGAAGUGUGAAUUAUAUUUAUAUAGCGCUUUUCUCUCGUGACUCAAAGCGCUUUACAUAGUGAAACCCAAUAUCUAAGUUACAUUUAAACCAGUGUGGGUGGAACUGGGUAAAGUGACAAGGACACGACGGCAGUGACGAGGAUGGUGAAAGCGGGAAUCGAACCUGGAACCCUCAGGUUGCUGGCACGGCCACUCUACCAACUGAGCCAAUGAGAAGGUGUGUCCUGUACUGUAUACCAUUUUAAGUUGAUAUUUGUGUGUUUUAAAUAUGUUGUAUCAAUAUUUAAAUAAUGUCUGGUAGUUUCUGCUGUUGAGUCAAUCAAAGGGGCCACUAUUAGAGUAUAAUAGUCGUAAAAAAGCGAUCUGUAAUGCAUUUAUGUAUUUUUUUUGAUGGCACGAUAGCGUUUUCCAAGAAACGCCAACAAUGCUUCCAUUGAUAGUCUUUGUCCAGUGGAAUGUUCUAGCAGUCCGAGUUAUUGGGUGUCACCUUACAGCGGUCGGUCAGUGUGCAACAAAGGAUCUUUUUUUUUUACCCACUUUUGGAUUUUUUUAAUCUCGGAUUUGUUUGAAUAGUGUGUUACAGCAAUACUACAAACAAACAUCCCAACAUCAUUCCUCAUGUCGCGCAUUUUCUUUUAAAUAAUAACCGUACUGUAUUUGUUCGAGGGAGGAAACUGAUGAUAUACCCAAACAGUGCCAAAAACAAUGUCCUUUUGUUUCCCUGAAUUACAUUUCAAGACCCAAUAUUAAUAAAAAAUGAUUUUUUUUUUUUAACUAAGAUUGCUGUAAAUAAAUAAAACUGUUCAUUAAUCCUUAUUGCUUUAUUCUUCCCAAUAGAGUCCAGGAUUAAGAACAUGCAUUUUAUGUACAGUGCUCAUGUGAAUAUGAAAUGAUUUAUUACAUUGUAUCACUGAACCUUUUAGAAUAAUAAUAAUAAUGAUGAAAAUGCUGUACAUUGUACGUAUAAACAGUAUACUGUGGGUUUGGACCUUACUUGAAGCUUCUUGUUGAAUUUUGUUGUAGAUUAAAGAUCUUUUGUGUGCA